CUGUACCUAUAUUAUUAGCCCACUUCCUAUUUCAUAAAUGGAGUUUAAUUGCCUUAAAUCAACAAUCAUAAGACUCUAUAGUAAAUGAUUUGCUACAAAGAAAAAAUGUGAGAGAGGGAGGGAGGUUAAUAAAGAGGAAGACGCCAAGUAUAAGCCACCUACCGGUCCCGUCAUACACGGCUCACGUUAGCCUUGUUCCAACCAUGAAUGCGGUGGCGUGUUGGCUUGGUCCUCGAAACCAACCACUUUCUUCUCUUUCAUCUUCCACUAUUAUAAUCCCACGUGUCGUUAUCAUCCUCCACGACGGUGCCCCCACCACCUUCCGCCACCACCGCAUAAAGCCUUUUCCUUUAUUACUACCAAACUCUGCUAAUGCACGCUUCUAUCUAACACCUUAUCCUCCGCCCUCCACCAUUAUCAUGCGCCUCCCCUCCACUUUCUCUCUCUCCCUUAUCUCCUCAUUAUUACGUUGAAGUCGCCGCCGCGUAAAUCCAUCGAAUCACAACCGUUUCUCUUCACGAGAUCUGACAUUAUUUAAAAUCCUAAAGUUCUGAUCUUCUCCGGUCUUGUCUGAACCGAUCCAUGUCUGAUCCAGAUUCUCCGUUGGAACAAGAUCCGAUUCAGGAUCCGUUACCGGUGCGUAACCAAUCGCCUCCGCCGCAACCAGACGAUUCCGUUACCGAUCUGAAGGUUGCCUCCACCCCCGCGGUGGCCAAGAACUCUAGGCGCUUGCCUCCGCCGUGCUGGUCUCUAGAGGAGACGAUCGCGCUCAUCGACGGCUACCGCGACAAAUGGCACGCUCUCAACCGUGGAAACCUCAAGGCGAAUCACUGGGAGGAAGUCGCGGAAGCGGUGGCCGGUAAUUGCCCCGGCGUGACGCCGAAGAAAACCGCCGUUCAGUGCCGGCACAAGAUGGAGAAGCUGAGGAAAAGGUACCGCACGGAGAUCCAGCGAGCGAGAUCUGUGCCGGUGGCGAGGUUUGUAUCCUCUUGGGUCCACUAUAAGCGAAUGGAAGCCAUGGAGGAUCGCCCGGAGAGCAAGCCCGGCGGUGGAGACGAGGAAAGAGCCGAGCUUUACGGCGGAGGAGGUUCUGUCGCGAGGUCAACGCCGAGGUUCUUUAACAGGAAUGGUACCGCCGGAGGGAGUAGCAGCAGCGGUGGGAUCAGAAUUCGGAUUCCGACGGGAGUGAGUAUAGCUCAGCCGGGGCCGAGGUUUCCCGGUAAGAUCGAUCCGAAAUACACGGCGAGUGCAAGUUCAAGACUUGGUCGUGUCGGAGGAGGAACCAGUUACGGAGCUAGGGGUGUGAGAAUUCAAGAAGGAGAAGAGAGAGCAGGGAAACGAGGGAGGGAGAUGAUGAUGAUGAUGAUGACGACGGAGGAGGAGGAGGAGGAGGAGUCUGAUGAUCCAAUGGUGGAGAUAGCGAGUGCGAUCAAGCUACUUGGAGAUACGUUGUUGAGAACAGAGGAGAAGAAGAUGGAGAUGACGAGAGAGAUUGAAGCGAUGAGGAUGGAAAUGGAGAUGAAGAGGACAAAGAUGAUAUUGGAAUCUCAACAACGAAUCGUUGAGGCGUUUGCUAAAAGCAUGUCUGAAAAUUUGGAGGAGAAGAAGAAGACAGCAAGAAGAGUAUCUUCCUUACCCCCAUGACUCUUGAAUCUUAUGUACUCGUGUUUUCUUUUAACAUCUCAUUAAUGUUAAUGUAUGUGUUGAACUUUUAUGUUAUAAAGUAGAGAGUUUUAAAGCUUA